AAUCGAACGCCGACACCGUUCCUCGCAGUCUCCUCCCGUGGUUCGCGCGUGCACCGAAACCAUCUUCCAUUCUGCGUGGCUUCGAGAGGAACGAGAAAAAAGCGCUGGGGAAUCCGCGAGCCCGGUCAGGCCCAUCGGCGACGAAACACCGAUCUCACCCGCUGCGACCGUGUGUCCCUCUCUUCCGCCUCACCCCUCGCAUCGGCCGCAUCCCGGUGGAUCUAAUGCGAAAACAGCGACCGGCCGCAGGAGAGCAUCGCCAAACCUGAGGAGCUCGAAUCUUUGCGAACAUCGCCAGCGGCUCGUGACGCGAGAAAACGAGGAUCCGAUAUGCGGCUCAGGGAGGCUGUCGUCUCGGCACCGCUGCACCCUGGGGGACUGAACAACAAUCAGCUACGUAGAAGCGAGCAGAACCAGCCGAGCACAGAGGAGAUCGAGAAUCGGAACGAGAGCCCGACGACCACCGCGGUCCCCGUGGCCAGAAGCCCGACGUCGACCGAGUUCGCCGUCGAGGACACCGAGGAUUUCCGUGUCGCCGAGGACACCACCACGUGGUCCUCGCUGGCCAUCACCCGCGACAACGUCGCGAUCGAUACCGCGAACAACGACGCCGGCAACCUCAACAACAACUUAUCGGUGCCGAGGAUCCGCAGGAACAGCUCGGUCGAGAGCCUGGCCGAUUACGAAGGGCGUAACUCCUCUCACGAAGACUCGUCCCACGAGUUGACACCGUCCGAGUGGUCCGACUGGUCCGAGGAAGGAAAUCUGCCCGCAGGUUGCCGCGGCAUCGUCAACCCUAACUAUCCCGGUUUUCAACACCUGGCGCCGUCUCUUCUAUCGGACACGGAUCUGACCGAGGACGAGCACGAGAGCUGUCCCGAUUACGUGCGGCUCAACGAAAUCAACGCGCGGCCGGUCGAGAACGACAACGAGUACAACAACAACAUCGAGGACAGCAUCAACCAUCUUUGCGGGCAGAAGAACCAGAGGAAGAUCUUCUACGAGAAGCCCAAGUUCAACAUACAGACCGUGACAUCUUUGUACGAGUCGGUGGUGCCGCCGUCGGAGAAGUGCAUAAACUACGUGAAGAGCGUGGAGGACUCUCGAACGGAGGAGAAGAUCUUCUCGCCGGAAUCGGAGAUCGUCAGCGGUAUCGUCGAGGCGGAGACCCACCUGACCGUUCUGGAGCCGGAAGAGGCGCUCGCCGACACGGUCGCGGAAACAACUCCGGACUUGUCCGAGGCGGUUCUGGAGAAGAAGCAGGAACGGGAGAUCCCGGUCGAGGUCGAGAUCGUCGAGCUAACCACCAGCGUCAAGGAGACACUGCAGUUCCCGGAGAUCGAGGAGAUACCGGACUCCGGGAAGACCAGCGAGGUCGGCGAGACGGAAGACAUUGUGGUGGAGCAGAUCGACUUGAUACGCGAGGCAAAGGAGUUGCCUCACCAGGCACGCUCCAAAAUAGGCAACCGUCAAAACGUGACGUCGAACGGCUCUGCCGAGGACGACUCGGAGAGCAACUCGGACACCGACAGCUAUCCGGAGGAGCAGCCCACCUACACCAAGCUCGAGGAAAUCGAUCUGCUGUCGAGCAUCGGCCGUGAUAUCGGGGUCGAUCUCGAGAAAUACGUGCAACCGGUGCCGGACGUGGUCGCGAUGGAGACGAUGGAACACAUUCACGGCUGUUCGCGGUCGUCGUCCGCCAUGACCAUGAGGAAGGACGCCAUGGAGGACACCAACAAGCUGUUCGAUCGCGAUCUUCCGGAGGCGUCCAGCGCCGACACCAGGAAAAAGGAGAAAAUGGCUAGGAACCAGGCGAAGAGGAGACAGCAGCAGCAGCAACAGCAGCAACAGCAACAGAUAAGAGUGCCGAACCCUCAGAGACGUCCCGAUAAGAGGCGGGCCGACGCUGACAUUGGUCCAGGUGGCUUCGACGUGUACAACAUCGAAACAGCGAUGCCGAAGAUCGAUUUGGACGCGAUCGAAUCUCACCUGAGAGCGGCGCGCGAGGAGGAGCGACGGCGACGGAACGACCGUGAAGAGAUCCGAAGGAGGCUGGCGAUGGGUCCAGAUGCCGAAGACUUGCGCGCUGAACGCGGAAGAAAGCCGAGCCUCCAGUCGCGGCUUCAAAGCGGAAUGAAUCUUCAGAUCUGCUUCAUGAACGAGACAGCGUCGGACACGGAGUCACCGUGCUCCGAGAACGACGCCUCGCCGGGAUCCACGCCGACCUCCUUGAACUCGAAGCAGCAACAGAAACAACAGAUGCCGAUCAGACCUCAGGUGCUCAGUCUUCCGCCAUUGAGGCUCGACGUGGACUCGAAUUCGGCGCCGAUCGACGAGGCCGACUUCUUCGCCAGGCAGGCCAGGUUACAGACCGAGGCCAGAAUGGCCCUGGCGCAGGCCAAGGAGAUGGCUCACAUGCAGAUGGAGGUCGAGAGGCAAAGGCUGAAACAGAGCCCCAUCACGGAGAUGGUGCGAUCCAGCCUGGAGAAGGUCGGCGUUCAGUUGGGCGAGGACAGACGCAGGCUGUCUCGAGUGCUUCUGACGGAGCUGAACGUCGCGCAGCUGCAGGUGAUAGCGAACGACCUGCACGCUCGAAUCGCGGCCCUGAACGAGGCCCUGGUCGAGGGACUGCUGAGACGGGACGACCUGCACAUGGAGCAGGACUCGAUGCUCGUCGACAUCGAGGACCUCACCCGAUAUCUCUUCUGCUGCGUUCGCAUGCACAGUGGCACCAAGCAGGAGGCCCUGAAGAAGAAGCAGAACGCGAGGGAUCAGCAAACGGCGAACAGGAGCCACCAGCAGACGGCUGCCACGCCGAGCAAGCUGUCGCUGAAGCCGAAGCUGACGCACCGCAGCCUAGUCUCGUUGGUGAGGAAAUAAUGCGUGGCCACGAGACUGCGUGGUCUCGUCGGAAUCUAAGCGAGCAAGAGGGGAGAGGGAGCCGCACCACCAACGGCAGGCGACACCGUAGACAUUAGACGAAGACGAGGAAGACCUUUGGCGAAGACGAGGUCGAAGGACUCCGCGGGUCCGGGGAGAAGUGCCGAGGAAACUUGCUCGACGGAAACCACGGCGCAUCGGCUGCUCGGAAUUCUCGCUAGGAAACGAGGACGAGAGAGGAUCGCGGGGCCGCCGCGUUCGAGGCGCGCUUGAUUCCGGGCCCGAGAGGAACGCGUGCGGGCUUUCCAACGGAAAACAAUGGCGCUUCCUUUUCACGCGGAGCGAACGCGAUCGUUCCCCUUCGUCCACCAAGUUGCCGGCAGCGGCGGUCCGCGAGGAAGAAUACGUGAAGCAAGGACAACGCGGUCGUCCCGGAGCCCUUCUCCGCUCGCGAGCCAACAGCCGCGGGGCGAGCGGAGAAGCCCUUUUCCAGAGUUUCCAAAGUUUUUACAGCUUCGUCGUUAUCAAUUGAAAGUAGAUCGUACGUACGCGUAUAUAUAUAUAUAUACAUAGCCGGACAAAGUAGCAGCGAGCAAACAGCCCUAUCCCGAAGCCCCGAUCCGAGCGAUCGUCCGGAUCGCCUGGACAGGGAUGGUCGUAGAAUACGCUCGAGCCUCGACAUCCUGCAAGAUCGUACCGACGACGAGUCUCUGUCGCAAAACGAUUAUUUAUGCGAUCGAGCUGCGAGAACUGUUUCUUCAAACGCGGUCGCGUUCUUCGAAAUCGUGUUCGAAAAGUAUUCAACGUGUGAUUGCUUUAAUUAAUCCCUUGACGUACCAUUUUAUUCGCGGUUAAUAGGUUUCGAAAUUUUUCGUUUGCAAUGAUUUCUUCGAAGGAAAAUUGAUGAUUAUUCUGUGCCUGAAUUUACUCGAAUGCUUAGAUAUUGAUGACGAGAGAUUAGGAUUUUAUUCCAAUUUUAAAGAGCAGAAUUAGAAUUUAUAUUAUAGGAUAAUAUUAUGUAUAAUAUUGCAU